CCCGAGAGCCAGUGAAGGCGUCACUAAAUUGAGGACACCUGCGGUCUGCGCGAGUAAUGGUGAAUCAGGGAUAAAGUUUUGAAAACUUUGAGCUUGUUCGAGUUGUUCAAUAACUUUGAAAGUAAAUCCACUGGGUGUUGGUGGGGCUACUCAGCACUGAGUCCGUCCCUAGGAGGAAAAACAUCCACGUUGUAAUGAUUUAAUUCCCAUUAAAGUUGCUCAACUUAACGUUAGCUCGCCAACAGCCAGUUAGCGUCAACCGACAAACAACCGACAUUUGCCUGAAUUCAAAAAAUGAAGGAGACGAUGAAGCGUGUGAGCCACCAGCAGGCCGUCCAGCUGCUCCAAAACAAAUUCAUUGUGGUCCUGGGAGACUCCAUUCAGAGGGGUGUGUACAAGGACCUUGUCCUGCUGCUGCAGAAGGAGAAAUAUCUCUCUUCAGCACAACUCAAAACAAAAGGUGAGAUGAGCUUUGAACAGGAUUGCCUGGUGGAAGGCGGUAGUCUAGAUAAGAUGCACAACGGGGUCGAGUACCGGGAGGUCCGGCAGUUUCAGUCCGACCACCACCUGGUCCGCUUCUACUUUGUGACGCGCAUCUACUCCCGCUACAUGCGUAGCAUCCUAGAGGACUUCCGUCAAGGCUUGAAACCGGACGUAGUCAUUGUCAAUUCCUGCGUUUGGGAUAUUUCAAGAUACUUGUCCAACUGGAUUGUUGACUACCAGGAGCGCCUAAAAAUGUUCUUUGAAGAGCUGCAUACGAUUCUCCCUGACAAAACCCUGAUCAUAUGGAACCUCACCAUGCCCUUAGGACAGAAGAUCAAAGGUGGUUUCCUGGUGCCUGAGAUUAAGCACAAGGUUUCCCAUCUGCGUCAGGAUGUGAUCGAAGCCAACUUUUACAGCGGGACUCUGGCAAACUCUUACGGGAUGGAUGUGUUAGACCUCCACUUCCAGUUCCGCUUCUCCCUGCAACACCGCACCACGGACGGAGUCCACUGGAACGCUCUCGCCCACCGCAAGAUAACCUCUCUGCUGUUACAGCACAGCGCUCAGGCCUGGGGUGUUAUCCUGCCCUGUCCAGUGGCUACUUUUGAGCAUCCUGAGGUUACUGAGCAGCAGUCAGUCCAUGAAAAAGCUAUCAAACCUUCAGUGUGCUACCAAUCAAUGGGAAAUUCCGGCGGCCACAAGGAGGACUUCUUCAGUGAUGCCCCCUCUGUUGGCUACUUGAGCUUUGAGAACAACCCACAGCCACAGUCAAAUCGCCGUAAAGCUGCUGGAGCUUACAAACCGGCCCCCCAACCACAAUUUCAUCUACCAGUUCACAGAACUCCUAAACGUAGACAGGAUAUAAAUGAUUUCGGCUUCAGGCCUCCCUACCACUUUCAGCCCUACUACAAGCCCUGCUACGUGCCUUACUACGGGCACCAUCAUCAGUACGUGAUGAGAAGCCGGCAGACCAGAAUCUACUACGCUCCAUACACCCAACAAAGACCCAGUCAUUAUGCCCAUCAUGGCCAUUACUACUGAGGCAGUGUGUUGUUAAAGAUUCAGACACAAUCAAACUCCGCUUACCGUGUUACCUACUUCCACGUCCGUUCUACGUCCUUUGUACUUAAUUGUUGUGUUGCAAACAAAACUAUUACAGGCUUCUAACCAGAAGGAAGCAUUACUCCCCAUAACUGUUUAGUUGACACUCAGACACACACAUUUGGCCCUUUUUUAUUAUUGUAAAUUGAUACUCUUUUAGUUGUCUGAAUGUCCAGUUUUGGAGUUGUUGUUGCUGUUGUUCUUUAGCACCAAAAAAUAUUUUAAAUCUUUUUUAAUUCUGCACUGCCCACAUGACGUGUGCUGUAUUCUAUUAAAGGUUAUGCUGAGAUUCCAA